GGUAAGCGUCAUACCCGGAAGAAUGACAAAUGUUUAUAUGGCUAACAUUUAAGGUAUCUUAAUGCAAAGAAGAGACAAACGUUGUCUGGACCAAAAUGGCAUCCUACUUUGAUGAACACAACUGUGAGCCCACCAACCCUGAGGAGCAGUAUCGGCAGAAUGCACUACUUGAGCUGGCCAGGUCUUUAAUGCAGGGCUUGGACUUACUUGACUCGGGGGUGUUUGACUUGUCAGACUGGGACCAACGUCUUCCCCCUCCGGCUGCCAAAACUGCUGUUCAGACUCUCACUGUGGUCAUCAUUUCUCCAGAGCAAGCAGACAAAGGUCUGAAGUGUCCUGUUUGUUUGCUGGAGUUUGAGGAACAGGAAACAGUUCGAGAAAUGCCUUGCAAACACCUCUUCCACUCAGGAUGUAUACUGCCCUGGCUGGGCAAGACUAACUCCUGUCCGCUCUGCCGGCUUGAAUUACCAACUGACAAUCCAGAGUAUGAGGAGUUUAAAAAAGACAAGGAGAGAAGAAAACAGAGGGAACACAGGCUGGAGGACCUACAUGGAGCCAUGUACACAUGACAUGACGGUGCUUGUUUGUAGCACAGUGACAUUUUACUGGGAAAAAAGAAAGAAAGCUUCAGGAAAUUCAUAAUGCUGCGUUCAUGCCAUUUCAUACAGAGUGUAAUUAUAAGCAUUGAGCUGCGGGAAAAGUGCCCAUGUCAGCCUCGUAUUUGUAGAAUAUCAGGACAUAGGUAGUGUCUCCCAAUUGGCGAAAAGUAUGAUCAGGACAUGGUUGGCAAAAUGGCUGCAAAGCCAAGAUUACUGGGAGCUCCUUAUAAAUAAAAUCCAAUGUUGCUGAUAACUUUAGAUUUGUACUUUCUGUUUAUCUGUUGUGACUAUAAAGCUAGCAGUGGGAGUAUCCUUGUUGGAAUAAUAAUAAUACUGAUGUGUGACUGUUCCUGUUUGAGUGUUUUCCUGUGGUUUCCAUUCAUUUGAAGUGGCAUGAAUGCAGCAUACACAGUGAGCUCGUUGAAAAACACACAAAACUGAAAAUGCUCUUUUCUCAUUAGUUAGUAUGAAGAUAUUUUAAGAUGAAUGCGCUGUAGACAGCAGCACUGAGCAUUUUUUUCCUUUUUUUAAAAACAAAUUUAUGAGAUGUAAAUGCAUAAAAAACUGUUCCGCUGAAUUUGUCUAAUGAAUAUGAAUUAUUUAAAGUCAGAAAUAUAUAAAUCAGUGAUUCCCUUUUUUAUGGUUGUUUUUCCACAAAAAAAAUUAUGUUAAAAUCUGAGAGAAUUCUGAUUUUCAGUUGCUCUCCAGUAAGAGAUUAUUAAUAUUAUGCACUUCCAUAAAUUCUGGUUCCUCAUAAAAGGUUGAGACAUCCAGAGUUUUAGUCCACAGUAUGGCUCAAACUCUGGAUCCUACACUUCUCAUUAGGUGUUUUAUAUUCUGCUACAUUAGCUAUAUUAUUACUAUGGUAUAUUAUUCUUAAAACAACCACCCAAAGAUUGUUAGAUUUUGUUCUAUUUUAAGCAGCAACUUACUGAUAAUUUUGCUGUUUACGAGGAAACAAAUGCAAUGCUUCAUGUUGAAAGAACAGCCCAUGCAAACCAGCUGCUAAUAAUUUAUCAUUUUUAUUUCAUAUUUGAAUAUAAAUCUCUGUCAAAUGAAAAUACCUAAAUGAUAGACAAAUCAUUCAAUAUUUACAGAAUUUAUAAAAAGGAAACAAAAUAAUCUGUGUUGACUUGUUUUCAGGGAAAUUAUCCGACUCCUCUGUUACCAUUCUUUUUUUUUUUUUUUUUUUUUUACAUAUUUUUCAAAUCGAGGACAUAAGACUAAUACAUUUUUUUUUUAUAUAGUUUCUGUGUUGCUGUUGCUAGAGUUCAACACAUGUACAGGUCAGGCAGCCUUUUGUAAUACAGGAUUCUCCCAUGAACAAACAUACCAUGUGAAAGUUUACUGAAGUGCACAUUUUGACAGAAAAA